AUGUCCCAUAAUUCCUCAAAUUCUACAAUUAUUCACCCUCUUCGGAGACUUGUAUCUAGGUCUUUUAAGUCUGAUGACGCCUCAAAGAUUGCCACUUCGACCAACUUCUCUGUCAAUGUAACCAGUGAAUCCAUUCCAAUUCCUUCGCUCAUAACUGACCCUUCGCCUUCCUCAACACCACGAUACCCACUCGACAAUCACACCUUUUCAUUUGCCACGCAAUUCACCUCAAGUCAAGUUUCGGCUGAAUCAACAAAUAAUCUAAUUGUCCAUGGUUCUCAAUCAGCUUCACCGAAUAAUCCGAUGCCACUUCCUCUAAACCAAUCCUCUAUCCCGGAAGUGCUGCUUGAUAAUGAAUGCAACCGAGAGGUUGCCAUGCUUUAUCUACUUCUCUUGAUCGGGACGGUCUGGAUAGCUAUCCACCUGCUGAACUUCACUAAAACGUAA